AGAGAGAAAGGGAGAGAGGUAUUAACCCCAUCGAUGGCGGAUAGAAGGAUGGAAGCGGCUCUGGUUCUUGCUGCGGUGGCCAUGCUCUGGGUCGGGGCAGCUGCUCAGUCAAGCUGCACCAAUGUGUUGAUAAGCCUCUCGCCGUGCCUCAACUACAUCACGGGGAACUCCUCCACCGCAUCCCCGACCUGCUGCACACAGCUUGCCAGUGUCGUUCGCUCCCAGCCUCAGUGCUUGUGCCAGGUUCUCAGCGGAGGUGGCUCUUCACUAGGGAUCAACGUCAAUCAGACUCAAGCUCUGGCUCUACCAGGUGCCUGCAAAGUUCAGACUCCACCCAUAAGCAGCUGCAAUGCUGCUUCCCCGGCUGAAUCUCCAUCAGAGACUCCUGACUCUCCAACAACAGUUCCUUCAGGAGAUGGAUCCAAAACCAUACCGUCAACACAAGAUGGCUCAUCAGAUGCAGGCUCCAACAAGCUGUCGAUUCCCCUGCUUUUUGUCCUCCUCUUGGCAGGAUCAUAUGUCUCGAUGCUGUCCUCGAACUAAUCAUCUGUUCCUCCACCAUUUAAUUCUGCCAAUUUCUGUAUGAAAACAGGCAUAUGCGUUGGAGUAUUCUUUAUUGGUUUGUAUCCUAGCUCAUACCCCCAUUAUAGGCAGGGCAAUGAGUUGUAUAAUUCAUUUUACACGUUGAGUUUUGUGUAUCUACUACUGCUGGAGAGAGACUGGAUGUAUUUCUUCUAAAUAAAAACAGGCAUCUGCCUACUUUUCAUA